CUAACGCACAUGGUAUUACACAUGCCUCCUGACGGUUGUCCUCUAAAUAUAAACGUUCAAAGUGCCUGAUAUUACUGCAACCAAAACGGACAGUCAUCUAAGAGUUAGUUAAACUGAAUGUAGUGUCUCGGACGAGGUGGAGAUGACUGCUCGAGGAUCACCGAGUCGUUUCUUACAGAGCGUUCUUCACAAUGGAGUGGGUCGAUACAUGUGUCAGCUGAAGCGAAUAUCUCUGAUCUUCUCCAAGAAAGGACAGGGUUCUUUAGGAGUCAGGGACUUUGUUGAGGAAGGCGUGGUCGACUAUGCCAAGAAGAACCCAGGAACUGUGGUUUACAUCUCCCCUCAGUCCUCCAGAAUUCCAAAAAUAGUAGCUGAAUAUUUGAAUGGCAAUGUGAAGGAGGAGACCGUCACCAACAAAACAUCACAGCAGAUUGCUGAACUUAUAACGAAGCUGUCCAACCAGUCAGGAUUAGACAUCAUCCGCAUUCGUAAACCCUUCCACACAGACAGCCCCAGUAUCCAGGGCCAGUGGCAUCCUUUCACAAAUCGACCCCCCAGCAUAGAUCCAGUUGGCCCACGAUCAAAAUAAGAACUAUGUAUUUUAAUUUUGACUUAUUUAAGCUGCAAGAGUGUGAACAUCCUCUGCCACAGCACUAAGUUUAGCACUCAUUCAUUUAUACUGUGAUUAUUUAAAGGAAUAUUUCACCCAAAAAUCUAAAUUCUCUCACAAUUUACCCUCAUGCCAUCCCAUAUGUGUAUGACUUUUUUCAUAAACAAAGAUUUUUAGAAGAAUAUCUCUGCUCUGUUGGUCCAUGCAAUGAUAGUGAAUGCUGACCAAAACUUUGAAGCCCCAAAAAGCUCAAAGGCUGCAUAAAAGUAUCCAUACAACUCCAGUGGUUAAAUACAUGUCUUCUGAAGCAAUCCAAUCUCCUUUUUUCACUCUAAAUAUUGGCAUCAGCAGUCCCCUUGGCGAUCAUGAUUUCAAGUUUGAUUACACUUCCUUGCACCAUCUAGCACUCAGAUGACCCUGUAUCAUGGCUGACCCUGCACUCUGACCCCAGCUUAGCUGGGAUAUGUGAAAAAUAAAUAAUUUCACCAUGUAUAUGCAGAAAUGUAUGUAUAAUGUGUGACAAUUGAUCAAUUAAAUUAGAUCAAAGCACUUC